AGCUCGAGCUCGCGCUCCGGCAUCUGCUGCCCCCAUCGCAGCUGCUGCCCCGGCAGCGCAAAUAAUAGCGAUGGACCCAUGCCGCUUUGCCUCUGAACCGCGUGUCCGCCUGAGGUAUUUGGGGGUGGUGGGCCUUGGCUGCUUAGUUAUGCAGCUGCUCGCCGUGCUGCCAUAUAAGAACUGUAAACAUGGCUGUGAGCACUGGGCCACGGUCUCUGACUCUAAUUUUGACUCCAGAGAAAUCCCGGACGAAAUCCCCAACAGGGGUUACGAUUAUCACCAUGUGUCGUACAACCUUUGGAACGCCAUUGAAGGAUUUUGCACCUAUGCCCCUCACUGGGACGAGUGCGAGUGGGUAACCACCGAGAUUCUGGGGCGUGGCGGCGGGCGGGAGGACGAAUAUUGCCGUGGCCGUGGGGAACAAUGUGAGGACCACUUUGCGGCUACGAAUACGGCCAGGGCGACGACGUGUGUGGCGCUGAUCUUCACUGGCAUCGUGGGUCUUGGGAUCCUCUUCGUCAACAUCCGCGCACACCUGGUUGGCCGCGGACUCGAGGCUUCACCGAAGGCCAUCUUCGGCGCGGCUGCGGUGCUGGCCGUCGGGGGCGUCGUCGGUUUGGCCGGCGCUGCCAACUACAGGUCCACGGUGGCCGCGGCCGUGGAAAAAGGCUACGUGAGUCUUCGAUACGGAAGCUUCGGUCAUAGGGGCUGUGAUCUGUCGCUCUACGGCGGUCUCGUGGCCAUGGUUGUCGGCAUGGCGUUCGCAGCGUAUGAGGCGUAUUUUAAUCGAGAGGAACUUCGCGGCACCGAUGUCAAGGAGCCCGAUGACGUCGACGAAAAAGUCAAGACUAGCGAGGCCAAAAGCGCGGACCUGGCGCCACUAACGCCAACGACCGCCUUUUUGAAGAGUCUCGAGACGCGAAGACCCGCGAAACCGGAGACCGAGGCCGAGCCUGAGCCUGAGGCCGAUGCCGAGGAACCGGGCUUCGUGGGGAAGCUGUCCUCGUUCCUGUUCGGGGAGCAGGAGCCGGUCGCCGAAUCCGAGGGCGUCGUCGUAUCUAUCGAACCGAAAGCCGAAGGUCCUGCCGACGAAAAAGAGACGUACAAUCGGAUUGCCGAUUGGUACGACAAGCCGGAAAACGCCGCGUUGCGCGCAACCUGGGGCCCGUAUCCGAAACUUGAAGAAUUCCAAGCAUGGCCUGGCUUCGUCCAGGUCACGAACGCGUUCCUCGACGCGGAGGUGUAGCCCGUCCGAAAAACGAAACUCGCGUUUGCCAAUCUGCACCUACCUUUGCGUAUUCCCGCUCUCAGUUCGUAAUUCAUCCAUGAC